AUGAAAGCUAUAAUAUUUCUUGUACUUUUUGUGGUAAAAAAUAUUCCUGGCACUCCUAUUGCUUUCAACGGCAAUGCAUAUAUAUCUCUGGAUUUGAAAUCGACUGAAUCGAUAGAGAUCCAUCCCGGGCAGCUGAUUUUACAGCUAAGAUUCCGCACCAUACACCCGAAUGGGCUUCUUAUGUACAGUAAAGGAGCCAGUGGCCAAUAUUUCAGACUAGAGAUCAUCCAGGGAAGAAUAAGCUAUUCCUCCUAUUUUCAUGGUAGCUACCAAAAUGGCCUCCUCACAAUCUUGUCCCCAAAUAAAGACCUGUAUGAUGACAAAUGGCACAAUGUGACACUCAUUAGACACGGACGAAAAUUUUCCCUCUGUGUCGACAAGAUCACUGCAUUCCACAUACACCAAGGAGAGUAUGAAAAGCUCGACAUGAAUGACGUCAUUUACGUCGGUGGAAUGACGGAGCAAAGUUACCACUCCCUACGCGUUACAGGGUCUAAAAAUUUCCGUGGAUGUCUUAGAGAUGUAAAGUACGGCAACGUAAAUAUUCUGGCUGGUGCUUUAAUGGGACUACAUGGUUUUGAAAUCCAUAAAAAAAUUUCAUUCCAGUGUAAAUCUGCAGCUCAUCGCAUUUUUUCAAGCAUCAGUCCUAAUUUGAGCGUGCGGAUACCUUACAGAGCAAUGGAUGACUGUUUCUUUACGACAAGUUUUCAGUUCCGUACCUAUUUUAAAGAGGGUUACUUCAUUUCGGUUAUUUCACCCAGAGUGAAGUCUUACCUUUUUCUCUCGAACGGCGUUCUGGUCUUGAAAGUCGUUGACGUUAGUGGAUUCAAAUCAGAGCUGAGACUGGGCACUAACCUUAAUGAUGGUGAAUGGCAUCAACUGUCAGUGCGUAUAGCAGGCUUGGAAAUUGUUUUACAACUUGACGGACAGGUCACGACGAAAGAGGUUAAUAACUCUCUUUUAUCGAUUAGAAAUUCCAGAAACAAGCUCCGACCAAAGAUUUCUCUUGGGAAAGAAAGGAAAAUGAAAUCGAAUAAAUCGGGCUUUGUUGGGUGUAUAUUGGAUUUGAUAAUACAGGAUCGUCAAAUUCCAUUGAGCGGCAUACGAAGAAAGAAGUACGUUCAGAGUGUGGUGAUGAAAUCUUGUCAUUUGGAAAACUACUGUGAGCCUAAUCCUUGUAAAAAUGGCGGGCAAUGCUCGCAAGAUUGGAAGCAGUUUUAUUGUAAUUGCGAUCACACAGAUUUUGAGGGUGAAAUUUGCGAAAUUUCGAUUUACAAGCCAACUUGUGAACAUUACAGAUUCAUGGGGCUGCAGACGAGUGCUUUAUGUUUGUUGGAUUCCAAGGGAGAAGGACACCCUUACACUGCAUUCUGUAACGUAACACGCUCGUCACGAACAUACACGAUUAUAGCUCACAAUAAAAUGGCGGAAACUCCCGUUGGAGACGGGGAACUCUUGGACGUCCUCUACAGCCAUGAAAUCACGUAUACUGCCCGAACAGGAAUGGAUCAGAUUGAGGCUCUGAUAGAGAAAAGCAAACAUUGCCGUCAGUAUUUAGAAUUUCAUUGUUUUGCUUCUAAACUUUUUAACGCGCCUCGGGGAUCCUCACAAGCGUUUUGGUUAUCACGUGACAAGGUAAGACAGGAAUACUGGGGAGGAGGACAACCAGGGAGUAAAAAGUGCGCAUGCGGAGUGACCGAGCCACCUUCAUGUGUGGGUAAGAAGUUCUGCAACUGUGAUGCCAGGGAUAGGAUUUGGCGCGUUGAUGCAGGGUACUUACGUGACAAGAGCACUUUACCUGUGACUGGGCUGCUUUUCAACAAGAAGAGCAAGAAAUCAGAUUUCACAGUUGGACCAUUAGAAUGCUGGGGAACUGAGGAAGACAGCGAAGCAUCAGCAAGCUUCGGUGAAAAUCUGAACGAAAAACAAGUUGAUCGUCGAUUGAAGAGGGUCUGCCUAAGUGAGUCAAAGUCGGAGAAAAAGUUUGUGAAGGAUUCACUGGAAAGCCCACAAUUUUCAAGCACCACCCUAGAACAGAGUCAAGGGUCGCCAAGUAACAUCACGUCUGUAACAGCAAACGCUUCUCAAAACUUUUCUAUCCUUUCAGAAAACAAAACGUUUACUGUUAAGACCCUUCAAAGUGGGAAUUUCAGCCUGGACAAUUCCCAGAAAGCCAAUGCAAUGGAAAAAACCGCAAACACGGAUAAAAAUGAAGAAACUGGGUUGUCAACUAUGGCCAUUGUUGUAAUGUCAUUUACACUCACCUUCGUUAUUUCUUUUUUUAUCGUAUUUGACAGAAUCAAUCGAAAAUUGAAGUCUCCAUUCCCUUGUAGAUAUUUUGGGGCAAAAAAGUCAUUUUUCUUUUGUGACCUUGUCCGCGACGACAAAUUUAAGCAGAUAUCCGAGAUAGUGAUCGCAGAAAUAAACGCCGACGAGGCAGAAUCUGCAAUUGUGCUAUUCUUUUUAGGCGCCUCGCAGAGUCGAACUUGCAAGUACGCGAUGGGUCUGCAAUACGGUUGGAGCCCUCUACUGCUUUUUCUCACUCUCGAAUUUUCAAUUCCGAUAACAUUUGCCUCUCAAGUGCAGCUCGAAGGCAAAAGUUAUAUCACUUACGGCAUAAGAGAAAACACUGAUCCUCGAAAAACUAAAAUAACGUUGCGAUUCCGAACCAUACACCCAAACGGCCUUCUCAUCUUCGGAACCGAAGAAACAAAAGUGAUGGAUUACCUCCAACUUUGCCUCCACCAUGGACAAGUGCGUUACCUUGCUUAUCUUGGAGGCAAGCAUGAUUCGGGACUGGUAGACAUUGUUCAUUCAAAAAUGAAAUUGAAUGAUGGCAAAUGGCACAAUGUGACUGUGCUGCAAAAGGGCCGGAAGGCGGAGGUAACUGUAGAUUCUGAACUAACAAUUUCUGGAAUUACGCGACAAGAAUAUGAAGAUCUUGAUUUAAAGAAGGUUUACGUCGGUGGAAUGAAACCCACUGAAUACAAGUCUUAUGUCUACUUGAAAUGUCCAAAAAUCAAUUUUAAUGGUUGUAUAGAAGACUUGACAUUCCGUGAUAAAAACGUCAUCAGAGAGGUUGAACGCGGUUCUAACUCUGGAUAUUAUCUAUUUGGACAAGCGCCGUUUAAAUGCAAGGAACUCGACUAUCGUGUUGUAACAAUGAAUAACCCUAACGAGGGUUUCAAAGUGACUGUCAAAAAAUUACCGAUAGAUAACGACACAUUUUCUGCCAGUUUUCGGUUCCGCACGCUCGUGGGUGAUGGUCUUCUUCUAUCGCGUAGCGCCAUCAAAGUCAAGUUAUACAUCCGUCUGUCAAGUGGCUCUUUGCGUUAUGACGUCAUUGCUCCGAAUGGAUCUAAGACUGAGUUGGCUAUGGGUUCUAAUCUUGACGAUGGAGAAUGGCAUAGUGUGAACGCAAGUAUCCGAGGAAGAGACGUGAGUCUUCAUGUGGAUGGUAAACCGAGAACAAAACAAUUUAAUCAUUCACUUUUAAUGCAGGAAUUCUCAAACAAGUCUCGUUUAAAGAUUUUUCUUGGGGGCUAUGACGCAGAAAGAAGACUCUAUUCCGGUUUCGUUGGUUGCAUAUUAAAUUUAAAAAUUGACAGUCAAAAGAUAUUUUUAAAGAAUCUUAAAAUGAGUAAACACACCAAAGAUGACCUGAAAUAUUCUUGCCGCUUACAGAAUCACUGUCAGCCGAAUCCAUGCAGAAAUAAUGGUAAAUGUUCUCAGGAUUGGGAACGUUUCUAUUGCGACUGCAAAUAUACUGAGUUCGAAGGAGACAAAUGUGAAACAUCCAAGUACAGGCCAACUUGUGAAUAUUACAGGUCCCUUGGAUUAAAGAGAAGCAUGGCAUGUCUGCUAGAUUCACAAGGAGAUGGAAAACCUUACACAGCAUUUUGUAAUAUAACGAAUGAACAUAAACGGACUUACACCGUCAUAACUCACAAUAAAAUGAACAAAAUACGUGUUGGCGAUGCUCCGGUCGUAAAAACGUUUUAUCAACAUGAUGUUACGUAUUCUAACUCAAUUGAAAAGGAGCAAAUCACUCAGCUGAUAGAAAGAAGCAAGGAGUGCCGCCAAUACAUCCGGUUUCAUUGCUUCGCUUCCAAACUUCUUAACACGCCUCGCGGACCCUCGCACGCGUUUUGGUAUACACGUGACAACUUGCAACAGAAAUACUGGGGAGGAGCUGAGCCCGGAAGUGACAAGUGUGCCUGCGGAAGCAAAGAGCCUUCUUCUUGUGACGGCCCGGGAAAGUUGUGCAACUGUGACAUCAGAGAUAACCGGUGGAGAGUUGAUGAAGGGUAUUUGACAGAUAAAUCUUCUCUUCCUGUUAAAAGAUUGCAAUUCCAUAAGAAAAGUGAGAGAUCUGAUUUUACGCUCGGCCCACUGGAAUGUUGGGGCAAUUCCCAUAGAGAAAAAUUUCCUCAAAAAACUCAAAGGAAUCCAAAGCCAGGUUACCGCACAAACGAUGAGAUUAUAGCUUUAGCUUGCCCGAGUAAGGAGUCCACCACUCCGUCCACUCGGACACCUAGUACAACUCUUACAACGCCGACAGGAACGACUAUGUGCCCCAGCGAGGAUAAAGAAAGGUGCUUAAAUUCGUCUUUGUCUUCUUCACUAUUGGUAAACUUUACAUCGCCUACUGUGACGGCAGAAAUGAUUAGACAGGAGGAGCCUUGGGAUGAAGGAGAUAUUUCAACCAUUGCAGUUGUUAUGAUUUCUGCUGCUCUGGUUGUUAUAGUUCUACUCUCAAUGAAAUUCGCCCUUCCACGUGUUAUCAUGUGUAUUCGAACUCAUAGUAAGCGCGGUGAAUACAUUGUCCCCCCGACUGGAUCGUCUGGAUAUACGGCAAGAUUACUUCCUAUUGUGGCCAAGAGGUCGUCCAUCCGAGGAAAGCAGCUAACACAGUGCAGUGGCAAUGGCAGGUAUGUGGAAGGCAAUGGAGCAGCUGGGCUCAAGUCAUAUUGGGUGUGAUAUGACGUUUAUAGACUGAAAAUGAAAUAAAUGAGUUGAGGGCCCGUGAUGUUGAGGAGUAGUAAAAGUUCAAAGACAGAACGACAUGCUAAAACUGCGCUUGCGCAAGUGAGAUCAAUAUCUAACGUGUACAUUUCAGAUAUAAGGAAGAAUUUGGUAAGUGUCUAAAUUGCUUGCAGUACGGUCGGAACGUUUGUCACACUAAAAAAAAUAAGAAAAUUUUAUUAAUACAAUAUCUUUACGAUGGUGUAUUAUACACGUAAUUUUGAAAAAGGAGAUCAUUAAGUUCAAUUUAUUAGUAUUCAUGGAUGUAAAGUCAAUUAAAACAAUUUUACACAAUGUAAUGUUUCAUCAGA